CUUUCUCUCUGCCUCUCAUUGGGGCAAUGGUCAAGCUUAGAUAUAAGGUAUUCACUUUGUAAUCAUUGACUGUUCCUCUACUCUUGCCCAGAAUGGUCUGUCAUCAUGCUCCCCUGUUCUUUUAAAACCUGAUAGAACAACUGGUCUCCGGGUCAGACUUGAGGAUAAGUUGAAGAGGAUUAGAGAUGAGCACAAUUUUCUGUUGGGAGUAGCGGGAACUGAAUUACAUAACAACAAUGGAUAUCUUAACUUGAUUAAAAUCAUCUGGAUUAAUAAAACUUAAACUUGUAAACUUGUGACAGCUUAGAAAUUCACUUGUUUUGGAGCUCAACGUUCGUGUGGAAUGAUCUCAAAUUCCCUCUGGACUGUUUUGUCUGCAGGUUGCUUCACUGUGUAGUUUUGGAGCGAUCUUGAGGACUUGAAAAGCACACAUUUUUCUCGGCUGGCUUUGGACUGUGGUUAGAAUUUACAAUUGGAGUGUGUCCAGGUUUGUUGUAAUGUUGCUGAUAUGGUGGUUUUUAUUGAAGCUGGGAAAUAUAAACUUCAUAAGACCGCAGUUUGUUAAAGUGUGAGAGGAAUUCUUAGUUGUAAACAUAGUACUUAAAUGAACUCUACAGAGUUCAUUUAAGAGUUUUCUGAUAAAGUUAGUUUUACUUAACAAUACCAUCAUGGCAUCUGAGCCUUGUCCUCUGACUGGAGCAGAGAGAGCCGUGUGUAGACUUGUCCACUGUGGACCCCGACCUCAAGCUAUGCUAAAGCCUUUACCUCUGGAGCUCCAGGUGUAUGUGGACAAAACAAGGACCAAGCAAAAACACAGGAUGGAGGCCUCGUGCUUAGAAUUGGCCUUGGAAGGAGAGCGGCUAUGCAAGGCUGGGGACUUCAAAGGGGGAACAGCGUUUUUCGAAGCAGCCGUAAAGGUCGGCACAGAAGACCUGAAGACCCUCAGUGCCAUCUACAGCCAGCUGGGCAAUGCAUACUUCUACCUUAAGGAGUAUGGCAAAGCCCUGGAAUACCACAGACAUGACCUUACCUUAGCAAGAACAAUAGGAGACCGAAUUGGAGAAGGAAAGGCCAGCGGCAACCUCGGUAACACUUUAAAAGUAUUAGGGCGUUUCGAUGAGGCCGCUGUCUGCUGCCAAAGACACCUGGACAUUUCUCAAGAGCAGGGCGAUAAGGUUGGAGAGGCCAGAGCACUGUAUAACAUGGGGAACGUGUUUCACGCAAAGGGCAAACAGCAGUUAUGGGGCUGCACCCAGGAACCAGGGGACCUGCCUCCUGAUGUCAGAGACACACUGCAAAGGGCUACUGGAUUUUACGAGAUGAACCUGUGUUUGGUCAAAGAGCUUGGCGACCGAGCUGCUCAGGGCAGGGCCUACGGGAACUUGGGCAACACCCACUACCUGCUGGGUAACUUUGUGGAGGCUAUAAAGUUCCACCGUCAGCGAUUAUCCAUUGCCAAAGAAUUCGGGGACAAAGCAGCUGAACGGCGAGCUUACAGUAACUUAGGCAAUGCCCUGAUAUUCCUGGGACAGUUCAACACAGCCACAGAGUACUACAGGAAAACUCUGCAACUGUCCAGGCAGCUGAGGGAUCAGGUGAUGGAGGCUCAAGCGUGUUACAGCCUGGGCAACACUUACACUCUUUUACAGCAGUAUGAGAGGGCCAUAGACUAUCACCUCAAGCACCUGUACAUAGCGCAGGAGCUAACAGAUAGGGUUGGAGAGGGCCGUGCAUGUUGGAGUCUGGGAAAUGCAUAUGUGUCUUUAGGGAACCACAAACAAGCGCUUUACUAUGCCAGAAAGCACCUGGAAAUCUCUAAAGAAAUUGGAGACAGAAAUGGUGAACUGACAGCCAGGAUGAACGUGGAUCAGCUGAUGGAGGCCCUGGGGGUCACUGAGAGCGACCUUUCACCCUCAAGUUCAGAGUUUGAGAUGCAAGGAGCAAGACCCAAAUUCACCAAGAGAAACAGCAUGGACAGUGUAGAACUGUGGAAAUACUCUUCAGAUAAGAAUGGUGAGAACCAAGACUUGGAAAGUAUACCGAGGAGAUCUAAGAGUCACCUGUCGCAGCCUAGCAAAAGAAAAGGCUGUUCUGACAGCCAGUCAUCAGAGGAAAGGCUGUGGUUUGACUCACCCGUGGACACUGAUGACAUCACUGUGCAAGUUCCACCUCCAGUGCCAAAGCUGGGCCGUGACCCCUCUGAUGAAGACUGCUUCUUUGACCUCCUCAGCAAAUUCCAGAGCAGCCGCAUGGAUGACCAGCGCUGCCACCUCGAUGAGCCACAGAAUGGAGACAACAGAGAAGGCGCCGCAACCUCCAUGUCAUCCCUGAGUGAGAUGAUAGAUCCUGCAAUUACCACUUCCCCCCAGACAGAGGAGCUGUUUGAUUUGAUCGCCAGCUCUCAGAGUCGACGUCUUGAUGACCAACGUGUUAAUGUUGGUAACCUCCCGGGCCUGAGGAUUACUCAUAACAACCUGGGUCACCUGGUGGGAGAGGGAGAUCAUCAAGAGCCCAGUGAUGACUUCUUCAACAUGCUUAUUAAGUGCCAGUCAUCUAGAAUUGACGAUCAGCGGUGCUCCCCACCAGAAGCGGGCCCCCAUGCCCCUACGGUGCCUGAUGAAGACUUCUUCAGUCUGAUCCAGAGGGUGCAGGCCAAGCGUAUGGACGAGCAGCGCGUCCAGCUGCCCACAGAUGACCAGGAAAGCCCUCCGUCCCCAAGUCCCGAGCCAGCUAGCGGAUUUUCCAGCUAGGAUUUGGUGAAUAAAGCUUCAUGUCAAAGAAAAUGGAAGCAGGAAAAAAGGAAAGGAUGAGCCAACAUUUAAGGACAGUACUAAAGGGUGAACUAACAAGCUUUUUAAUAACAAGACAAAUUCAAUGUGCAAUAGAUGUUGCCCUGUUAAAUGUUGCUCAGUGUAUUAUGUUAAAUGUGUGUAAAUAUAAUGGCAAACAGGCAGAAUUUAACCUCAGUGAUGCAGAGAAGAGGAAAAUGAAAGUGUGGGGGUGACAUGAUUACAAAUAUUAAA